AAGGCAAUGGCCAAUUAUAGCACGCCACCUGUUUUUCUGUUCACCUCUUCUGUAUCCAAUCACAAUUCCUGAUUUGCUCUGGCCCCUAGAUUUUUUCCCCUUUCUUCUCUUCCAUUCUCUCAAAAAGUUUCAAGCUUUGAUCAGACUGAAUCAUGGGGAACGCCCUGAGGUUUCUCUGCGGGCAUUGCUGCAAGCCCACAGCAGCUGGUGAUUCUGAGUCACUUGGGCCUCACGGUGUGUCCUCUGCCACCGUUGGUGUAUCAGCACUUGCCCAUGAUCUCUUUCACUUUGACAUCACCUCGCAGGUCCCGGAAGGACUCAGCAAGCAUGUGGUGUCUUCUAAGAAAGCUCAGGCUAAUUGGUAUAGAAAGUUAGUAGAUGCUUGGAAAGAGGCAAAACCCCCUCCUAAGACACCUGAAGAAGCAGCUAAACUUGUCAUUCAGACAUUGAAAAGACACCAAAAAGCAGAUGUUGAGGGAUUGUUGGCUUUCUAUGGUCUUCCUCCACCACACACCCUCGUUCAUGGAACUGCUCAAGCCCCGUCAUCCUUGCCUGAUGGUGUUCAAUUUGAAAUGCAAACCUUGCCUGUUGAUGCUAGAGCAGUCGCAGAUGGGGAUACCAUAACAGUGUAUGUCAACACAGCAGAUCCCAGAGAAUCAGCAUUUGUCCCUGGCAACGUUCAUGCAGCAGCAGUGAGGAGAUCAGAAGCACGUGCCCGAAGGAACUUUGAAGACGCUGAUGCAUUGCACAAACAGAUAAUUGAUGCAGGAUAUCGGGUGAUUCCUGUUGAAAACGAGGAAAUCCUAGCUAAGAAAUAUAGGAUUCGAUUAAGGGGAAUUGAUGCACCAGAAAGUGCAAUGCCUUAUGGAAAGGAAGCUAAAGCUGAACUGGCCAAGAUUGUUCAAGGGAAGCCUUUGAGAGUCCUUGUUUAUGGAGAUGAUCGCUAUGGUCGUUGUGUAGGUGAUAUCUAUUGUAAUGGCAUUUUUGUACAGGAAAUAAUGUUAAAGAAGGGUUUAGCAUGGCACUACACAGCCUAUGACAAACGGCAGGAACUAGAAACAUGGGAAAAACAAGCCAGAGCAAAGCGUGUUGGGUUAUGGGCUUCAAAAAAUCCUGAAAAGCCAUGGGAUUGGAGAAGAGAAAGAAGAGAAAGAAGAGAAGGUGCAUGACAGCAAAUAAAUUCACACCUGCAGAAGGUGCCAUUGUCAGCAAAUUUUUGUGAAAAACUCAAACCAAAGGUUCUUCAUUAGAUAUCAAUGUAUCAUUUGUUUGACAAACUAAUGUUGGAUCAUUGACAAAUCCGAUUUCAGACAUUCCAAACAAUUAUUUUAGGACAGAAAAAUCAUUAUGAUGUUGAUAAAGUGAUUUUCAUUUGCAUAUCACUUUCAUUGGUAGAUAAUGUAGACUUUGAAAUUAAAUGUGAGGUUGUUUUCAAUAUGUAAAAACAAUGAUUUGCA